AUGGAGCCAGGGCCGGUCGACGACUGCCGCGCUUGCCAGCAGCAGCAGCAGCAGCUCCAGGGGCCCGAGGCCGCGCGGCGCGAGUCUCCACCCCCUCCCCCUGUGCCCGAGUCCCCCGAUGACGAGGCAACGGAGCCGAGCUCGUCCGGCGGGCUGGCCGACGUGCCCCACGACCCAGACCUGGACGACGAGGAGAAGGCCGGCCCGGCGGGCUUUAACCGGAGCUUCCUGCGCUGCCUGGUGCUCCUGCUGCCGGUCAGCGUGCCCGUGGUGGUGUACGUGCGCGACGCGGACUCGACCAGGCGACUCUUCCUGUUCGCCUUUGCCCUCUUCCUCGUGCUCAUCUUCUCCUGCAUCACCCUGGCCGUGGUGCGAUCACGGAGCAGGGGCGCCGGUAGCGACGAUGACGAGGAGGCCGCGCCCAGGGCGGGCCGGAGUUCCUCGAGCAGGGGCCUCCCGUUCCUGCGGGCCAUGCCAUACCGCGUGGCGCAGGUCAGGAGCGGGCCCCACCGCAACCGGUACCCGGGCUACCGUCUGGCCGGCCAACAGCUGAGCCCCGGGGCCCGGUGUCCCGUGGUGCAGGACGACCCGCCCUGCUACCUAGACGCCCUCAAAUGCCCGCUAGCACAGACGCACCAGCACAAGUCCAGGGACGUCGAGACUCCGCCGCCAGCCUACGAGGCCGUCUCCUGA